CUCUUUUUGUAGUGGAAAAGCAUUGUUCAUCGAUCUGGUCUUGUGCUUUGUCCAUCGCUGCGAAGAUGACCUAUGGAUCCUCUUCUUCCUUCAGUCGAUGGAAAUAUGAUGUCUUCUUAAGUUUUUGCGGUCAGGACACUCGCAAGACUUUCACCGGUUACCUCUUUAACGAGUUGGCCAGGAAUGGUAUUCACACCUUUAAAGAUGACAAUGAGCUAAACAGAGGAGAGGAUAUAUCUUCAAAAUUGAUGGAAGCCAUUGAAGGUUCUAGAAUUGCUAUUAUCAUCUUCUCUAAGAAUUAUGCUUCUUCCACCUGGUGUCUUGGUGAGCUAGUCAAGAUCCUCGAUUGUAGAACAGAAGACAGAACACGACACUUAUUGCCUGUUUACUACGAGGUGGAUCGAUUGGCUGUCAGGAAUCAGCGUGACACUUAUGCGGAGGCAUUUACGAGACACGAAAAGCGUUUCGAGAUGGAGAUGGAGAAGGUGAAUAUGUGGAGGGCAGCUCUCAGAGAGGCUGCGGAUAUUUCAGGAUGGGAUCAGGGAAGUUUUAAUGGGCAUGACGUGGAGUUUAUAAAUAAAAUUAUAAAUCAAGUGGUUACAAUAGUGAGCGACACAUGCUUGCAUGUUGCAGAACAUCCAAUUGGGUUAAAUUCCCACAUUGAGAUCUUAGGUUGUUUUCUAGAAGAAGAAUUUGGUCUUCAUCGCAUCAUAGGGAUAUAUGGCUCUGCUGGAAUAGGUAAGACAACAAUAGCAAAAGCCAUUUUUAACAGUAUAGUUAAUCAUUUUGAAGGUAGCUACUUUCUUGCUAAUGUUAGAGAGAAGAGUUUAGUUUUCUUACAACAACAGCUUCUCUCGGGUGUCAUGAAGAAGAAAUGCAUAGACAUACGCAAUGAGGACCAUGGAAUCAAAACUAUCAAAACAUUUUUACGGAGUAAAAAAGUUCUUAUUGUUCUUGAUGAUGUGGAUAAAGCAGAACAAUUCUAUAAAUUGGUUGGAGGGCAUGGUUGGUUUGGUCUGGGAAGUCGAAUCAUCCUAACAACUAGAGAUGAACAUUUGCUAAACAGCCUGGAUGUGGAUAAAAAAUAUAUGGUCGAGACAAUGAAUCAAACUGAAUCCCUUCAACUUUUCAGUUGGCAUGCUUUUCGACAAAAUCAUCCAUUAGAAGGCUUUGUGCAAUUAUCAAAUGAUGUCAUUACUUAUGCAGGUGGCCUUCCGUUAGCGCUUGAGAUUUUGGGUUCUCAUCUGUACAAAAGAAAUCAAGUUGAGUGGGAAAGUGAAUUGAUGAAACUAAGAAAGAUACCCAAUGAUCAGAUUUUAGAAAAACUUUUAAGUUAUAAUGUAUUAUAAUUAGAUGAUUUCGAUUGGAUCA